AAAACAAGAAUCGUGCAGAAUUUUCACGAGAGAUAAGGAAGAGACUCUACGAAAAAAAAUCACCAUGUCGUCUUCGAGUGGUACAGGGAAGAGGAAAGAAAUCUACAAGUAUGAAGCGCCGUGGACGGUGUACAGUAUGAACUGGUCGGUACGGCCAGACAAGCGCUUCCGACUAGCGCUGGGCAGCUUCGUAGAAGAAUAUAACAACAAAGUACAGGUUGUGUCAUUAGACGAAGACACGUCAGAUUUCGUGGUUCGGUCGACGUUUGACCACCCGUAUCCUACCACCAAGAUCAUGUGGAUACCAGAUGCAAAGGGUGUGUUCCCAGACCUGGUGGCUACAUCAGGAGACUACCUGCGGGUGUGGAGGGUUAAUGAGAAUGACACACGACUGGAGUGCCUCCUGAACAACAACAAGAACUCUGACUUCUGCGCACCGCUAACGUCAUUCGACUGGAACGAGGUUGACCCGAACCUUCUGGGCACGAGUUCCAUCGACACCACCUGCACCAUCUGGGGCCUGGAGACUGGGCAGGUGCUGGGGAGGGUCAAUCUGGUUUCUGGGCACGUCAAGACGCAACUCAUCGCACAUGACAAGGAGGUGUACGAUAUCGCGUUCAGUCGAGCGGGUGGCGGCAGGGACAUGUUCGCCUCCGUGGGGGCUGACGGUUCAGUCCGCAUGUUUGACCUUCGACAUCUGGAACAUUCCACCAUCAUCUACGAAGACCCCGCCCACCACCCCCUUCUGCGGCUCUGCUGGAACAAACAGGACCCAAACUACCUGGCAACGAUGGCCAUGGACAGUCUGGAGGUCAUUAUACUGGACGUACGCGUGCCAUGCACACCUGUCGCAAGGCUAAACAACCACCGUGCCUGUGUGAACGGCAUGGCCUGGGCGCCUCACUCCUCCUGCCACAUCUGCACGUCGGCAGACGACCACCAGGCCCUGAUCUGGGACAUACAGCAGAUGCCUCGCGUCAUCGAAGAUCCGAUUCUCGCGUACACGUCCGACGGCGAGAUUAACCAGAUCCAGUGGGCGUCCACGCAGCCUGACUGGAUCGCGAUCUGCUAUAAUAACUGCCUUGAAAUCCUUAGGGUGUAGGCUACGGGAAUUGUCGGGUAUCGUUUUUUAUUUCGUGCCGCCUCCUCCUCACGGGUUUCUUCCGAGCUUUUUUGUGCCCGCCGAAUUCUAUUUCUGGCAGCCAUGUUGUUUUUUUCUCCAGUGGGACCUUUGACCUCAAUUUGCAUAGUAGAGAGUAUUAUGGUAU